AUGAUUGCCGGGAACUCUUUAGGAAAUCGGCGCUUGUUUUCUUUGAUCUUCACAUUGUCAUUCGUUGCACUGGUUGUGUACACACUCUCCGGCUCCAUCAAACGGAAGUCAUACUCCCGGGACAUCCCGGAUUGGCUGCUGCCGUCAACACAGAAACCCACUGGCUCCUCGACGACGUCGUUGUCCAUACCGGAGCUGGACGACAUACCGCCAACAAGACCGGGAGAACCAGAGUUUUGCGUCGAUCGUUUCAGUCCGAGAUACCUGUAUCAGCUCAGGGAUCACAACAUUCAAUACUGCACACCAGAGUCACAGGCGCGCCUGACCUGCUUCCAUAGCAAAGUGCGCGAUGACGACAACCAAGACUCAUUUUGCAUCGGCCAAGGCUCUGUGCUCGACGUGAGCCGUAAACGUUUCGCAUUGGACUGUAACAUCCGCCAGCCGGACGACAAUGAGACCGCCAGAGGGCUUCUGUCCUUUGAUCGGAUCAAGCCGCACUGGUACGCGACGGGCCCAAAGGUUCUGUUUGACCACUUCGUCGACUUCAGACCGACACUGCAAAGAUCGCCCGAGCCGAUGGGAAAGAAGAAAGAGUUCGCAUUGCUUGUCAAACGGGAGGAGGGCCGCAAUCUCUGGCAUACCCUCAUGGAGAUUUGGUCCAUGACGAUGACCUUUGACACUCUUCGGCUUAGCCGGGACCCGAACGAUGACAACAAGCCUUUCUUUGAGUCGCCAGAAGACGUUGCGAACACACAAAUAAUAGUACUCGAUGAUCACAUCAGGGGAUCGACUUUUGAUUUGUGGCAUCUAUUCUCCAGCAAGCCGCCUCUGCAUCUCAAAGAGAUCGUCGAGGACCCGGUCAAGGCCCAGGAGUUCUCAGAAAAACAUCUCAACAUCAUCCUCCCUCUGCCCGGCGGGAGCAACCCGCUGUGGCAGAACGACUGGGUAGCCCGCGACUGCACCGAGUCGCCUCUCCUCCGACUCUUCGUGCGGCGCGUGUUCCAGCACUUCGGCGUCGAGCACGCCACGGGGCCGCGGCCGGUCGGCAGGGCCCAGGACAAGGACAUCACGCUCACGUUCGUCGACCGCAGGGGCUCGCGCAGGCUCCUGCGCAGCGAGGCGCUGCUUGACGCCGCGCGGGCGCGGUUCCCCAACGUCGACGUGCGGGCGGUCGACCUGGCGGCCCUGCCGCUGGCGGAGCAGCUGCGGAUCGUCCAGGAGACGGACGUGCUGCUCGGCGUGCACGGCGCGGGCCUGACGCACGCCAUGUUCAUGCGCGAGGGCGCCGGCGCCGUGGCCGAGAUCCAGCCCGCCGGGCUGUUCCACAAGGGCUUCCGGAACCUCGCUGCCAUGACGGGCCACAGGUAUUUCAGCGCCCACGCCGACAUGGUGCUGCCGGGAGAGGAGGAGGAGCAGGGAAGUACAGGAGGCGAGACCGGCAGUGCUGCCUCGACUCGAGGGACCAGGCGAGAGGCGAAGCGGGACGAGGAGAGGGUGUGGCAGAGUGCCAACGUCCGCAUCGAGGAGGAGAGGUUCCUUGGGCUUGUUGAAGUGGCGGUCAAGUCUCUUUACAACGAGGGCCUUCGAAAUCAUGAUGUAUUUUAG